AUGUCCGCCUCAUGCACUGGUGAAGGCGGCGGCAAUGGUGAAGGCGGCGGCAGUGGUGAAGGCGGCGGUAAUGGUGAAGGUGGCGGCAGUGGUGAAGGCGGUGGCAGUGAAGAUGAUUGCAAUGACGAAAGCGAUGAUAAUCGCGAUGGUGAUCUAUGCAAAGAUUUCCAAUCACUUCGCGCCACCAUCAAGCGCGGCAAGCUUGUGGAGCUCAUCCAAUCCCACUAUCAAUGCGACUCCAAAUUCCGUAAAGCCAUGAACUUUUAUAAUACCACUCGCUUUCACGAGGUCGCUGAAAUGCUGCAGAACAGCACCGCUUUCAAGACGCUGUUGAUAUCACUGCGAAAUGCCGGUGUAAACACCACACACAUUCAGAAUGUGGUGGACAUUUUCAGCUGCAUCGUGCUGCCGGUACCUAAGGGCGACAGUGACUGUGACUGCAAGGAAUUGCGUGGACAUACUUUUAUCGGUGAUGUCCUUGCGGCCAUGCCACGCUCGAAAGUACAUGCCUACAGUGUAAAAGCCCAGAGUCGCAAUUCGAACUUUGCACGUUUUGCGCGCACCAUUUCCUCACAAAAAUUCCAAAUGCAACUGCAACAGAGUCUUGUUAGGAAAGAGCUUGUGCGUCCUUUGAAAACACUCCGUCGUUAUGGUUGGGACAUUCCAGACCUUCUAGACGCUGCGAUGUCCAUUUUGAGAUGGUAAACCCAUACGUACUAUUAAAAUUCACACUGUUGUUCCACAAAAUACAGUUAAAAAGUGAAAUAGAAAAUAUAUUAUAUUUUUCAUGGACUACAA